AAAGUGAAGAUUUGCUGAGAGCAGAGCAGGAAUGGGACGCCUUGGAAAACAUACAGACAGAGUUGUACUGUAAGAAAUCAGGACUUCUGGGGGUUCUUCCUGGACAGACGCCUUUGAUAUCCUUCAAUGAAGCACUGCAAUACUUCCAGACAGCAGACCUGUCAGAAUACAUGAAAAAGAUCCAGCCCAAUGUACGACGCUCCGGGCUGUCUGCGGUUAGUCAUCUACUGUUCGGACCACCCAGGCUCCAUAGGGAUCUACAUGCAGAGAGGGACUUGGUGCUGACCAUAGCACAGUGUCCACUUGAUAAUGGCCAACAAGUUCAUGUGCGAGUGCUGCAGACCAUAUACAAGAAGCUGACUGGUGCCAGGUUUGACUGCCCCCUAUAUGGAUCGCACUGGGAGCAACUAGGAUUCCAAGGUCUGGAUCCUGGCACUGAUCUAAGAGCAGCUGGCUUGCUUGGUCUUAUGCAUCUGUUGCACAUGGUGAUGGACCCCAAAAUACUGCCUUUGGCUCAUGACAUUUUCCGCCUGUCCCAGCACCACACACAGAGCUUCCCGUUCUGUCUCAUGUCCCUUAACAUCACAAGAAUCUGUAUCCAGGUUCUGAGAGAGGGGUGCGUGAGCAGGGAGUGUAACCGCAGACAACAGGUGUUUGCUGUUCUCAAUGAUCUCUAUGUUGCCAUCUACUUCCAUCUCUACCAUGUGUGGAAAACACAGAACAAAACCAUCAGCGAUUCUGGCUUUAUCCUGAAAGAGGUUGAAGUUCUUGCCAAGAAAAAGCCCAAAGACCUUUUCCGCCAGCUAGAUGUACAUCUCAAAGAACGGCCUCUGCCCAAGGACCUGCCCCUGGAGAUCUGGACGCACCACCCUGCAGAACAACAGAUGGAAAAUCAUGACCAGGCGGGUGGGAUGUGUUUCACAGGGGUGUGUGAGCAGGAGGUACAGGAGGAUAGGCUGAUCUGAUAGCGGGGCAUGCUUUGGGCACAAUGCUGAUACUUGAUGGCAUUAAAUACCAGCUAUUCGCUCAGCAAUUCUAUCAUUAUCCAUGUCUGCAUUGAAGAAAUGUAGACUGCUGUAAUGGAUGAUGUCUGGUCACUGCUUAUAUAGGGCUUAGUGUAUAGAUCACGUGUAAAACUAAGUUGCACAUCCGGUGUGAUCUUAAGAAUGUAAAAUGCUCAGGGCUUUUGAUCUAGGCUGAUCACAAUGCAGAAAUCCUAGAUGGCGCGGAGAUAUAUAUAUUAUCUAUUAUAAUAAAAAAAAUGAUAUAUAUAUGUAU